AACUUUUUGACGUGUCGUGUACAAUAAAAACAGAUUGAAAAUACUGCUUCAUGAUCAAACUAUCAGCGGCCUUAAAUUGUGUUUUAAUAGUUACUGAACCGAUGUAAACGCACCAGUCGAAGUUCUACCGAAACUUAUCGUGUGAAAUAACUUGCCGUGAAGACAUGACGACUCCGCUUUUAGAAAUCAACGUAAACAAUUUGUUCGAAGAACAUACUGUCGCAGAGAUACAUCAAAUCCACAAGAAGUUGCAGAGUGAUGUCGAAGCGAAAAAGGAAGAACUUCGAACCAUGGUUGGUGAACGGUACCGUGACCUCCUGAAAGCAGCCGACACAAUUGGUGAAAUGAAAAAUGCAUCCCAAAGUAUAACCGAUCAAAUCGGCAAAGUGAUGGGAACGUGUCGCAGUUUAAACGAUCAACAAUUGCUCGGCUUCAAGUCCGAACCACAGCAGUUCAGAACGUUGGACCGACACACCAACGAUUUCUACGGAAUUGUCGUGCAAAUAAAACUGUUGACCGAAUUGCCGGAAUUGAUAUGGACCCGGAUUGAUGCGGAGGACUACUUUGUGGCGACACAGUUGUUCGUAUUUUCGCGGCACAUCAGCACAGGUCUCAAAAUGGAGGUGUACCGGUCGAUAAUGGAUUCGUUCCCAGUGGCCAAACGACUGUGGUCGAUGCUGAAUCCGUUCUUCUACACCAUCAAACAGGAAUGCAUGGCAACACUGGAACGGGAAACAUUGACUUCUGCAACGGCGGCCAAAUGUUUGGCCAGUCUCAUUUUGUUGGAAAACUGUCCGAUCGAUAAACUGUUCCAGACAUUCACCCAGUUGCGGUCGAAAGCAUUCAAACAGGCACUGGCUGAUAAUCCGGAACAGAAUGACCGCGUCAAGGAAAAGAUUGUCAAAAGUCUGGUCGUGUUGAACGGCAGCAUUAUGCAGAUAUUUGAAUGUUUCGUGGAUGCGGGUGGUAACAACGGACUGUUGCUGGAAGAACUACAUCGUGCAAUGAGUGACGAUGCACCACCAACGCUGUCGCUAAUCAAGGAAGAGAAUUCGCUUCUGAUCAAUACACUGCCCGGUGUCAUCAAGACUUUCAAACCCAAAUUCAAUGUUUCUCCGUUGGAGAGCGAUAAAUUGAAAAGGUUGAUGGAGGCAUGGCUGCAAGACGUUUCGACGCACACAAAGAACUAUCUGAAACCGGUCUUUGAUGUUGUGGCGACAGUCAAAACUAUUCACAACAUUAAGACAGAAGCAUUUGCAAUGGAAAAAUCGCCAAAAUGGCAAACCAUUCUCGUGAGACUGAACUUACCAUCGAACCUCGAUUUGUACAAUGUCUACUAUCAGCCGCUGAUCACCGAACGUUUAAAAGAAAUCAUCGCCGCGUCCUGGUCAAAGACUAUUGAGGAAACGCAGCAGAAAGUUGACGUUUUAAUCAAGUCAAAAUCGAAAGAUCUUCAAGUGAAAAUUUGGGACGAUGAGUCGACUGAUAUUCCACUCAGUUUGAAGCAAGCACUUAGUCAAGACAAGAAAUGCCAUCGAUUGUUAUUGAAGUCCAAAGGGUACACACAAAGGGUCAUCACCGUUUGUGACACACUCGACAGAAACAUGAAAGAUUUGUUCGAUGACUUGAAGGUGUAUCUCGUCGAAGAGUUGGACUCCCGCAACACGAGUAGUCUAACGCUAGAGGAUCGUCAACGGAUAGCCGGAUUUUUAAACGACGCAAGUCGCGAUGGUGUUUCACGCCUGAUCACAAACAUAAAGUCGCUCAACAUUCCAUCAACCCAGGCGACCGUAAUUUCGCUGGCAAUUUUGCUUCAAGCAAUCGCCGAACUCUGUCCGAAUCUAAAACUGUGUCUGACACAACGCCUAACGGGUUCGCUGGAUCAAUUGUCGCUCGGUACCGGUCAAUGGGACGCAAUAAGUAACUUGCUGCAAGAGGAAAGUCUUCGUUUCUGGAAAACAUGGAUCGGACUUUUCGUCAAUGAACACCUGGUCGGUGGUCUUUGUUUCGCCGGAUCGACAAGCUACACGGAAUUGUUGAACGAAUUCACCGCCUGGGAAACAAUUUCAAUCGAAGAAAAGGACGAACUGGACAAUCCCAUUUUGUCGACCAUUCGAGUUCCGUCGCAGGUCAGCCUGUCACUCAAUUCAUUUCUGUACAAAAUGUGUCGAUCGCUGAACACCAGUGUACCGCAUACGCUUUCGCGUGCCGUUACAACGCUGUUGACGGAAGAAAUUGUGGCGAAAUUAGUCGAAACGUACCAGAAACUGAGCGCUGACGAUUUCGUACGCUCCAAUCAAAAUAUGUCGCUGCAGUGCUUCUUCGAUGUGAAAUUUAUCGGUUUGGUGCUGGUGGCCAGAGAGAAUAAAUUGUGGAAUGAAAAGCUGCAGGCUCUGUGCGGACUGUUCAAGGCGAACAUCGAUCCGUUCGAUUUCGAGCUGUUCCACAACUACAUUUUGACGAACGUUAAACGAACGGCCGUUCGAAUGCAGCUGAAACUCGGCCUGAUCCUACCGAAUGCGGAGCACAUUACAACGUUACUGGGUAAUGAGAAGCCAGCGGCGACCACCGACAAAGAUCCGAACGUUCUGGCCUUGAGCAGAAACGAUUAUGCUUCGGGAUAUUUUCCUCUGUUGCCGGUGACACAAACCAGCAAUGUGAAGACAUUGAAUCCGGGGAAAUCGUCCGUUGAGGAGGAAAAGAUUUUCCAACCGACCAAAUCGAAGAAAUCGUCACAAAGCCAGUCAACAUCAAACGUUCUACAUCAAUCGACGUCGGCGCAAAAUUUGGCAAAUGUUAAGUCCGGUGCUGCGGCAUUCUUUGGGGCCAUGUCACAGGACUGGUUUCGAUAAUUUGUGGGAUGUUUGUAUUCGAUUCUUGUGUGGUUUCGAUUUUGUACAAGAAAAAUGUAAAAAAAUAAAAGAAAAAUUGAGCAACCGGAAAA